AGCUACGAACGCUUGAACAGCGUUGACGGGCCGCGCAUGUAUAUAAAGCUCUGUUUGGCAGUCUUUGCCAGUAUCAACCCAACAUGCACCCACGCACCCUCAUGACGACAUUCGCGACACUUUCGACUGCCGCCUCAAGUGCCUCCGCGUGGCGGAUGCCCGAUGAAGGCGAGCCACACCAGCGGACGUGGAUGGCCUUUUCGUGGAACGAAACGCUAUGGGAGGAUGUCCUUCCCGUGGUGCAGAAGAACCUGGCCGACGUCGCUGCGGCCAUCUCCCGCUUUGAGCCCGUGAGCAUGCUCGUCCGGCCGGAGGACAAGACGACGCUGCAGGGUCUUCUCAAGGACGCGCCGAACGUUACGCUCGUCGACGCCGAACUCGACGACCUAUGGGUGCGCGAUACGGGACCCGUUUUCGUGCGCAACGACAGCAGUGUGGCCGGCGUAAACUUCAACUUUAACGGCUGGGGAAACAAACAGUGGCACGCCGCGGACGCCAAGGUCGCGGCGCAGGUGGCCCGCAGCACCGGCGUCGAGCUCCUCAGUACAGAGCUCGUGCUCGAAGGCGGGGCGCUCGAGGUCGACGGCCUCGGCACCGCGAUCAUAACCGAGAGCUGUGUGCUCAACGACAACCGCAAUCCCGGGUGGAGCAAGGCGCAGGUCGAGGGCGAGCUCGAGCGCCUGCUUGGCAUCACCAAGGUCAUUUGGCUGCCCGGAAUCGCAGGAAAGGACAUCACGGACGGACACACGGACUUCUAUGCGCGCUUCGUGGGCGAGGGUCAUGUCGUUGCGGGCUUCGAGCCCGACACGACGAGUUUCGACCACAGCGUUACGACGACGCACCUCGGCAUCCUGCGCGCUGCGACGGACGCGAAAGGCAACCCGUUGAACGUGACGGUGCUGAAUGCGCCGUCGACCGUGCGCCGCGCGUACCGUAAUGAUGAGGACUUCGCGGCCGGAUACAUCAACUUUUACUUGUGCAACGGCGGCGUCAUCGCCCCGCAGUUCGGAGACAGCGAGGCGGACGGAGCCGCCCUGAAGAUCCUCCAGACCGCGUUCCCCGAUCGCCAGGUCGUCCAGCUCAACAUUGACGGUAUUGCGGCGGGCGGGGGUGGCAUCCACUGCGCCACGCAGCAGGAGAUCGCUCGCGACCCCGCCAACCCUCCCGCUGCCCCGUCUGCUCAGCCGAGCACUUUCAAGGAGAGCUCCGGCACUCGUCGCAAGGCCCGCAGAUGGCUCGGCGCUGUUGUUGCGGGCGUUGUUGGUGCUUCAGCCGUCUAGUCUAGACCCAUGAUUGCAGCAGAAACAUGUAGACUGGCUGUACAUGUAUAGAGCGGUGCGAGCGCUAGUUCCAUGUGUCUACAGCAGAAAUUACAGGGCC